AUGUCGAGUGCCCCUCAACGCGAGCGCCUGGCCGUGCUGCAGCCUACGGGCGAGGUGUUCGUCAACGGGUUGGCGUCCAGCUACGACGACGAGUUCCCGGGCUCGCAGCGGCUGGCGGCGCUGAUGACGCGCGAGGACUUCGCCAAGGCCGUUGCCACCAUCAACGACGCGCUCAUGGACCACUGGCCCUGUUUGCCCUGCAAGGGCUUCGGCUACGGCUGCUGCGUCUGCACGCUCGGCCUGUCGUUGUACUGCGCGGCGACGCAGGUUCAGGAGGCGGAGAGUCGGCUGCAGCUGCAGUUGAGGCGCAUGAACGAGCAGAGGAAGUUCAAGGACAAGGGCAUCCAGUGGCGACUCGAGCGGACGUGGUGGAAGCGCUCGUCGUGCAUCGAGAUCUCGGUGGACUCGCAAGCUGCUGCAACGGGGAGUGAGAGUAGUGAGGCUACUGUGGUGGAGAAGGAGAAGGCGGAUGAAGCGGUUCAAGACGAGACGAUGAGCGAUCGAGUCGUGUGA